AUCGAAUUCUCUUUACACGUGGUGGAGCAGAAUAAUAUGUGGUAACAGAUGUUGUUGGUCCUUCAUAUUCACAUAUCUCCAAAUCCAUAUCUUGUUAUUUGGUGUUAGGGUUGAGAAUGUUGGAUUGGGGUGCUCCUCUGAUAGCAGCUGCCCUGUUCGCGUUUUUGUCGCCGGGAUUGAUAUUUCAGAUGCCGGGGAAGAAUGGACCCUUGGAGAUCAUGAACAUGAAGACCACUGCUGCUUCCAUCUUCGUACACACUGUUAUUUAUGGUCUCUUCCUUAUUUUGUUCUUUAUUGUUCUUAAUGUCCAUCUCUAUUUCUGACAUGCUCUGAUUACCCUUUCCUCUGUUUCUGUACUCCCUGUAAUUGUAAUGCUCUGCUGCAAACUCUAAUCUUUGUACGGUCUCUUAGUUUUCACA